UUGCACUAAGUGCAUAGCCUAAUAUCUUAAGCUACCAUCUAUCUCUGGUUUAAAUUCAAAUGCGGACUAAAUCCUUUUGUCAAGGGGCUCUUCUAGGCUUCUUGGCUUGCUUCUUGUUUGCUGUCAGCUGCUAUGGCGUGCCUGCAGGUCAAGACUCUUCAGGGCUUAUUGUAACUACUGAUAUAAAGUCUCAUAAUGGAGAGUUCAGAGAGGAUGCAGUUCAUGACAAAGGGAAAUUCAAUAUUCCAACUUUUAAGAAACCUCUCAUUCCCAUUUUUAAGAAGCCACUUCCACCACUGGUUCCAAUUUUCAAGAAGCCCCUUCCUCCAUUAACUCCAAUUUUCGAGAAGCCAUUAUCACCACCAAUUCCAGUUUUCAAGAAACCAUUACCACCACCAAUUCCAGUUUUAAAGAAGCCACCCCCUCCACCAGUUCCAAUUUCCAAGAAGCCAUCACCACCGCUUGUUCCAUUUGUGAAGAAGUCACCCCCUCCACCAGUUCCAAUAUUCAAGAAGCGAUCACCACCACCUAUUCCCUUUUUGAAGAAACCACCCCCUCCACCAGUUCCAAUUUUUGAGAAGCCAUUACCUCCACCUACACCAAUUUUUGAGAAGCCAUUACCACCACCUGUUCCAAUUUUUGAGAAGCCAAUUCCUCCACCAAUUCCAAUUUACGAGAAGCCAUUACCACCACCAAUUCCAAUUUUUGAGAAGCCAAUUCCUCCACCAAUUCCAAUUUAUGAGAAGCCAUUGCCACCACCUAUUCCAAUUUACGAUAAGCCAUUACCACCACCAAUUCCAAUUUUUGAGAAGCCAAUUCCUCCACCAAUUCCAAUUUAUGAGAAGCCAUUGCCACCACCUGUUCCAAUUUACAAGAAGCCAUUACCACCACCAGUUCCAAUUUUUGAGAAGCCAAUUCCUCCACCAGUUCCAAUUUACGAGAAGCCAUUGCCACCACCUGUUCCAAUUUACGAUAAGCCAUUACCGCCUCCAGUUCCUGUUUUCGAUAAGCCAUUACCGCCUCCGACUCCAAUUUUUGAAAAGCCAUUACCACCAUCUGUUCCAGCUUUUAAGAAGCCACUUCCUCCGCCAGUUCCAGUUUUUAAAAAGCCAUUACCACCCCCUACUCCAAUUUUUGAGAAGCCACUUCCUCCACCAGUUCCAGCUUUAAAGAAGCCAUCACCAUCACCAGUUCCAGUUUUUGAGAAGCCACUUCCUCUACCAGUUCCAUAUUACAAGAAACCACAACCACCACCUAUUCCUGUUUUUGAGAAGCCAUUACCACCUCCAGUUCCAGUUUUCGAGAAGCCAUUUCCUCCACCAGUUCCAAUUUUCAAGAAACCAUUACCACCACCAAGACCAAUUAUCAAGAAGCCAUUACCGCCACCAAUUCCAGUUUUCAAGAAGUCACAUCCUCCACCAGUUCCAUUUUUCAAGAAGCCCUUACCACCACCAAGUUCAGUUUUCUAGAAACAAUUAUUACUACAAAUUUCAAAUUUCAAUAAGCAUUUCUCCACCUACUUUAGAUUUUAAGAAUCCACUUCUUCCAAUAAUUUUAGUUUUCAAGAAGUCCUUUCCAACCCUUUUUCCCAUUAUGAAGAAACCACUUCCUCCUAAGUAACUUAAUUAUUCCACUUUUGGAGAAGCUUUAGCCUCCAAAUUCCAGUUUUUUAAUGCCACUUUCACCAACAAGGCAUAUUCUCUAGAAGUCAGUUCUUCCCUCUUUUCCAAUUCUGAAGCCAAUAGUUAAUUAGAACCCUGUUCUUUAGGAAGGAAGGGGGUUGGGGGACUAUGAUGAAGCAAUAAGAACAAAGGAAUGGACAAAGUGAGCGAUUGUUAUAUAUAUGUAAUGUAAGUACUUAUGAAAAUCAUAUAUUGUUGUUGUUGUCGUCAAAUGCCUACUAUCAAAUAUCAAAAAGUGGAUGGUGCUUAUCGAAA